GAUGGUAAGGGAUGGACUUAAGGAUUGCAUGAGAGAAUCUCGGUGGGAACCAUCAACGGACAAUCUUGAUGCCUUCGCUUCAGCUUGCCGUGGUUUGCCUGUUAUGGCCUCGAUCCGAAUACGUGAAGUUCAGUUUCAGACUCAAAGUGGUUCCGACCUUGAAUCGGAGUUUGAAUACUUUCUCAAUCUUCAAGCUGCACCUCAGGAUCUCAACCAGGAGUACUUGAGAAUAAUGCGACGAGCCUUUAGGCCCCGUCUCUCAAGAAUUCGUCCACACAUUGAGAAGAAUUAUCGCGAAGUAGUCGGGAUACUCGUUGCUGCAAAAGAACCGCUCAGCGUUUACAGCAUGUCACAUCUCUUAGGAAUUGCCGAUGGGAAAAUCCAUGCGAUACUGGAUCCCCUCAGCUCAAUUAUUUCCGUCCCUCCAAACAGUGCAGAGGUCAAAUUUUAUCAUGCAACGGCGAAGGAAUUCAUCACUGGAGUGCCCAUCGGCGAUGACGAAGACAAGGGCUUCUUCAUCGAUGACCCGAAAGGAUACUUCCUUGGAUUACGACUCCUUCGAUUUGUGAAUAAUACCAUUCAAAGGAACGAAAUUGGGUUGCCCACCGAACUCCCUUUGGGAGAUAAAAAGAAAUGGGAUAAUUUUUUGAUUUCGAUGAAAGGGCAACCCGACUACGUCAUGUAUUCAUUCAAGUGGUUGUUUUCCCACUUGAAUCCUGUGCUACUCUUUUCAGAAGAGUCUAAUGAAUUGCAAGGAGAGUUUGAACGACUCCUGAUGCAAAACUUAUUCUCGUUCUUGGCGGUUUCUCGGGCUGAGUGGCGAAAACACGAGUCAGUCUGGGGAGAAUGGUGUGAUUUGGAUGAAUUCACCGAUCACGAAUCAAUUAAGCUGCUGAACGAAGCCUUCAGAUCUAUUGAGUGGCUUGUUACCGAAUUCGAUCCUUGGGCGCUUUAUCGAUAUUCCCUUCCAUUCACUCCAUCAUCAUCGCAUCUCCAUCAAGUGCAUGGGAAACUCUCCGAUCCUGUUCGAAUUUUCAGUAUAUCUGGCGAGUUUUCCGGCGACUUUAUUCCAUUGAGCGAGGAUGGACACAAAGCUAGAGAGGCCAUGGAAGCAAAGCUGCCAAAGAAUUUUGAUAAAUAUGGCCACGAAAAAAAUGAUUACAAAGCCGAGUUUGCUGAACCUGAUAUUCGCAAUGGGAUUUUGACCUGUGCGGCGAUAUCUCAAGAUGGUUCUCAUGUUGCCCUUGGUUUCGGAAGUGGGGUUAUUGAAGUUGCGGACAUCGACCAUCAACGUACAAUCUCUCGCUUCCAAUGCAAUCCCCCCAAACCCCCAGUUUGGAUAGAAUUUAUUGGUGGUGGUAAUGUUCAGAUUGCCACCGAGGACACUGAUGGAAACAUCUCCAUUCUGAGUCAUGGCACGCGUUUGGUGCCACUUGGGGCUCUUUCUACGAGUCGUCACCCUGCUGUAACUGCAUUGUCAAGCAACGGAUGUUUUAUUAUGCGAGUCCCUCGAAAUCAAGAUGGUAAUUGGUACGGGAACGUGGCACUCUUAUGCUUUUCAGGAGAGCCAUCCACUCGGCUUCUUGCAUCUCCUCGUACCCCUUCCAAUCCCCAGCCUCCUCAACUCGAUUACCAUUUAUCCUCUCCUCCACGUCACACAGCUGGAUUUUCUCCUGGAGGUCGAUAUGUAGGCGCUUUCGACAUGAACUGCGCUUUUGUCUGGUCAACGGGUACAUGCGAGGUGAUUGCUCAAUAUCGCGUGCAAGAUUUCAGAUCUUGGAUUUUCAAUACUGGCCGUGUACCUCUCUCAUAUCUCGUUCCUACGCCUGUACUUGGUGACCAUGUUGUUCAUUCGAUUCCGGAAGAGAUUGCAACUCAUGUACAAGGUUCCGAGCCAGAUCCCAGACAUAAUGCAGAUGAAUCCUGGGUGAAGUGCCCCUUUUAUGACCUCUCGCCAAACA